UCCAAGACCGAGCCAACUUCCCCCGAAACUCCCCGAAAACGCGCUCUGUCUCCGCUCACAUGGCUCAGAUCACCGCGGAGGGCGCCGAGCACGACUCCCAGCCGGCGGCCGACCGCAACGCCGCCGGGGAGGCGGCUGAAACCGGCGUGGAGCGGCAGCAGGCCGAGCCGGACCCCAAACAGGAACCGGGCGACAACAAGGAGAGCGGCGGCGGCGGAGCGGGGGACCGCGGCCCGGACAAAGGCAGCGCUGCCCCCGGGGACGAGGCGGCCGGCGACGGAGAGGAGCCGGGGAAGAGCCCCGUGCAGGGCAGCCUGGCGAGCGGCAGCGACGCGGCCCCGGAGGGCUCCCGGGUGCUGCGAGCAGAACAAAGAGAGCGGGAGAAGGAGUCCGGCACGCCGGCCGCGCCGCGCUGCCCGCCGGCCGAGCCCGGCGCCAAGAGGCGGGCCAGCCUGGACCUGCCCUCCGCCGACGGGGAGCCGCUCAGCCGGAUGGAUUCGGAGGACAGCAUCGGCUCCACCCUCCCGGACGUGGACAGCACGGCGUCCAGCGGCCGCUCCACCCCGGCCGGCGUGGGCGGGGCGGCGGCGGGGGCCCCGGGCGGGCCGGCGGCGGCGGGCGGAGCCAAGCCUCUGAGCUACACCUGCUGCUGGGACCACUGCCUGCUGCUGUUCCCCAGCAGCCCCGACCUGGCCGAGCACAUCCGCACCACGCACGUGGACGGACAGCGGGGCGGGGUGUUUGUGUGUCUGUGGAAGGGCUGUAAGGUGUACAACACGCCGUCCACCAGCCAGAGCUGGCUGCAGAGACACAUGUUGACCCACAGCGGGGACAAGCCCUUCAAGUGCGUGGUCGGGGGCUGCAACGCCACCUUCGCCUCGCAGGGGGGGCUGGCGCGCCACGUGCCCACCCACUUCAGCUCCCAGGGCUCCAAGCUGGCCAAUCAGGGCCGAGUGAAGGAGGAGUCUCCGUCCAAGGCGGGGCUCAGCAAGAGGAGGAAGAUGAAGAACAAGCACCGGCGGUCGCUGCCUCGGCCGCACGACUUCUUCGACGCUCAGACGAUGGACGCCAUCCGCCACCGAGCCAUCUGCCUCAACCUGGCAACGCACAUCGAGAGCCUGGGCAACGGCCACAGCGUGGUCUUCCACAGCACGGUAAUAGCCCGGAGGAAAGAGGACUCUGGGAAGGUGAAGGUUCUGCUGCACUGGACUCCUGAAGACAUCCUGCCUGAUGUGUGGGUGAAUGAGAGCGAUCGGCUGCAGCAGAAGACCAAGGUGGUCCAUCUGUCCAAGCUGCCCACGGACACGGCGGUGCUGCUGGACCCCAACAUCUACAGGAUGUUCUUCUGACGACCUGCUGUCGCUCCCCGGAGGCCCCGCCCCCCCCCCCGCCGGGGCUCUGUUAGCUGUAGGAGAACCGUAGAGGACUAACUGUAGACUGUAGACGAGCUGGGUGUAAAUAUGAGAUUUGUAAUAUAUUUUUAUACUUUGGAGUUUUUUACUGGAUUUCUGUAGACAGAUGAUAGAAGAGACUGUUGAUGACAUUAAAAUGUCCACUGUUCACCUGCCUGGAGCUGCUGUCCUCAGUAACACACACACACACACACAUACACACCAUAAUAAUCAUGCUUUAAAUGAGCACAAAAUUGUAUGUUGAAAUGACCUGAUAAAAUUGCAGCACAAAUUCAGCAUUUUCCUAUUUUUCUCAGGCUGCAGAAUCUCCAGAAACAUACUUUCCAUUUUAUUUUUGCAAAUCUUUUAUGAAUUGAACUGGAGGAUUUCCACAUGUUGCAGCAGCUGUGUGAGUUUCGUGCUGUAAUGUAUAAAAUAAAUGCACAAGAUAAAACAAUUUAAUGUGAAACAUGAAUAUUCAGUGAAUAUGGAACAUUAUAUAUGUCUAGAUUAUAGUUAAAAAG